ACCCCACCAAGACAGCCGCGUGAGACACUACCUUCUUCCCCACCCCACCCUCUCUCUCUCUCUCUCUCCCUCUCGCCCCCCCCCCCCAUUCGCCUCUCCUCCAUCUCCGGCGGCGCUGCUUCUGCGGCGACCCCUCCGCCUCCGCCUACCCAUUUCUCCGAUCACGGCCUCAAACCUCGUGUCUACACCGCUGGUCCGCGCGCCUGCCCAGAUCCACCUUGCCUCCUCGCGCUCCCGCGCCCCUGCACGUGCGCCGAUCGGCAGGCGGUGGAGGCGCAGGGACCGUGUGAACGAUCCUCAGAUCCAGUGAUCCUCGUGGCCGCCGCGCCUGCCAUGGACGACUUCCAGGGCCUCCUGGCCCGCGACUUCGGCCUCCGCCCGCAGGGGAAGGCCGCGCCCAUGUCGGCCGCCCGUUCCUCGGUGCCCUCCGGAUCCGCCUGGCCCAAUACCAGAUCCUCUUCGGCCUCCACCGCCGCCCCCUCCGCACCAUCGUACGACGACCUCUUCGGGAACGCGGCAUCGGCCCCGCCGCCCAAGUCCACGCCGUCGCCGUCGCCGUCGCCGUCGGCCAACCUCGACUCCAUCUUCGACUCAUUCAAGGAACCAUCAGCAGCAGCGCCGCCGAAGCCAAAGCACUCGUCCAUGCCAGUGUUUGACAAGCCGGUCUACGACGACGACAUCUUCGACGGGGUCCCCGGGGUGAAGAGUUCGUCGGCGCGGUAUGAUGAUGUGUUCGGGGGGAGCCACGCGCCGACCCCAGCAUACGACGACCUGCUUGGGGGCUUUGGGAAGAAGUCGGAGGCAAGGGAAGAGGUCGAGGGGAAGAGAAAGCCUGAGCCAGCUGCAGCGUCGACCGGGUUUGAUGAUUUGAUCCCAGGCUUUGGCGGGAGUAGCCCGGCACGGCGAAGAGAGACUGUUGGUGCUAAAGAAAAGAAGGCUUCCAUGUCAAGAUCUAAGCCAACAGUUAGCAUGGCAAGUGACCCCUUUGUUGUUCUUGAAACAACUUCAUCCUCAGCCCAUCCAUCCCCUGGGAUAUUCACGGAUCCCUUAGAUGAAUUGGGUAAACCUGCAAAAUAUCAAGGGAAAAGCCGUGAAAAUACUGCGGCCGGCAGCGGUCUGUUUGAGGAUGCAAGCACUUUCAACCAGACCCCUAAAUCAGAACCUUUGUUUACCUCAGAUGUGAACAAUGGCCCAAAAGAUAGGAAUGACUCGAGCAAAGUCCGAGAUUCAAGCCCUGUCCAAAGCUUUCCCAAACGGAACUCUGCCCAACAACCUUCUGUGGAGAACUUUGAAAAUAUCUUUCCUAAGUCACAGUCUGCCCGAUAUUCAGAUGUCCAUGUUGACAUUGGUUCAGAGAAAUACAGUGGGAAUGGUAUAAAUGAUCAGUCACCAAGAUCUGAUGAAUCCGAAGGUGAGAUAUGGCUCACAGUUUCUGAAAUUCCCCUCUUCACGCAGCCAACUAAUGCUCCACCACCUUCAAGACCACCACCACAUCUUGCAAUUAAGCAAAACCAACAACAUGGAUCAAAAGCAAAAGGAAAGGAUGGUGACUAUCUAUGGCAUUCUAGCCAAAACUAUAAUAAUCACAGAAGUUCAUCAAAUCAAGCUGGUGUUUCAUCGAUAGAUGAACUAGAAGAUUUUGCAAUGGGCAAGUCUCAGAAUGCCGAUGCUUUUAACGACGAAGAAUUUCAGAGAAGUACAGCAGCAGCAGCAUCUGCAGCUGCUAUGAAAGAAGCCAUGGAUAAAGCUGAGGCAAAGUUCAAACAUGCCAAGGAAGUUCGAGAAAGAGAACGUGAUGCAAAGCUUAGAAAUAGGGAACAGCAGGAACAAAAUGAUGAAGCAAAGUCGUAUGCCCAGGAUCAUGAGGCAAAAGAGAGAAAGGAUAGACUAGAACAAGAGGGAGAGAUGAGACAAAGAGAGGAGAAAGAGCAAAGAAGACUUGAAGAAGAGAGGGAACUUGAGCGACAGAGAGAAAGAGAGAGGGCUAGGCAAGCGGUGGAGAGGGCUACAAAGGAGGCACGGGAAAGAGCAGCUGCGGAAGCUCGUGCGAAAGCAGAGAGGGAGGCACGCCAACGUGCAGAGCGUGCUGCUGUGCAAAGAGCUCAACAGGAAGCACGCGAGAGGGCUGCAGUGGAUGCUAAAGAGCGAGCAGAGAGGGCUGCUGCAGAAGCAAAGGAGAGGGCGGCUGCUGAAGCUAAGGAGAAGGCUGCUGGUCAAGCCAGGGAUAGGGCUGCAGCAGAAAGAGCUGCUGUUGAGAGAGCUCAGCAAGAAGCAAGGAGAAGAGCUGAACGAGUAGUAGUGGAAAGGGCAGCUGCUGAGGCUCGGGAAAGGCAGGCCGCCGCCGCCGCUGCAGCAGCAAGAGAAAAACAGAGUAAACCAGAUGAUCUUGAGUCCUUCUUUGGUAUGGGUGCCCGAGCUAAUAGUGCUCCGAAGCAAAGGGCUCCAACAGUGGAUUCUAUGUUUGAUUCUCAAACACAAAGUAGAGGGGCUGAUGCAUCACACAGAGCGACUUCCGCUUCAGCAUCGAUGAAAAAGGCAUCAUCUACAACAAAUAUUGCAGAUGACCUUUCUGCAAUAUUUGGAGGAGCUCCUACAUCAUCUGAAGAAUUUCAAGAAAUUGAGGGAGAAAGUGAUGAAAGAAGACGGGCUAGGUUUGAGAGGCAACAAAGAACUCAAGAACGAGCUGCAAAGGCUUUGGCUGAGAAGAAUGAGCGAGACAUGCAGCUUCAAAGAGAUCAAGCAGAAAGACAUAGAAUUGCGGAAACACUGGACUUCGAGAUUAAACGAUGGGCUGCUGGAAAAGAAGGCAAUUUACGUGCAUUACUAUCAACUUUGCAAUAUGUACUUUGGCCAGAAUGUGGAUGGCAGCCUGUGUCCCUUACUGAUUUGAUCACUGCUGCUGCUGUUAAAAAAGUUUAUAGGAAAGCAACAUUGUGCAUUCAUCCUGAUAAGGUACAACAAAAAGGUGCAAAUCUCCAGCAAAAAUAUAUUGCUGAGAAGGUUUUUGAUCUCCUUAAGGAGGCAUGGAACAAACUCAACUCUGAAGAGCUCUUCUAGACAGCCUUGUGAAUGAACAUUCGUCACCCCAUCGACGCUUGCAUGAGGAGCACGCAAGCUGGAGCGGUCAAACGGGCAAACAAUGAAGUGAUCAAAGCGAAACAAGUUGUUAUAGUUGUCAUCACCAUUCACCCCCCCCCCCACCCCCUUUUUCCUUUCCAUUUGUUUGUGAUGAUUCAACGGCAGCUGUGGCGGCCCAGGCUGGACCCCAUGUGAGUAGGUGUAUAUUAGUUUCUUUUUUGUAGAACCAGCGUUUUGUGAUUUUUGAAUUAGGUACAGGGUUUAUUUAUCCUGUUGGAGCUGUGUCCGAUUCAUGCGUGAUUUUGUUAAAAAAAAAGUUAUCGAUGGAAUUUUGAUUCCUUAGUAGUCUAUCAUCAUUUUGGUUGUUUCUGCGUUAGGCCCACUUUGGAAUAGAGGAAUUUUGAAGGGAUUUUGUAGGGUUGGAACAUAGGAAUUGUAUAUAAAAUUUUCAUAGGAUUCAUUCAUUUCCUCCACUUUUGGAGGAUUCUAGAAUUUGUUUGAGAAA